AUGGCCAAGAAGUUGGUUUCUGUCAUAAGAGAUUAUCCUAAUAUGACCAGUAAAGGGGUAGAGGCAGAGUUGUUUAAGUAUGGUGUGAGGCCUAGUAAAAUGCAAAUUUUUAGAGCUAAAAACAAAGCACUAGCUGAGAUAGAAGGCAUACAUGCUGAAUCAUAUACAAAAUUGCCAAGAUAUGCUGAGUUGUUAAGAAAGUAUAAUCCCAAUAGCAUAUGCAAAAUACAUUAUGAUAGGCCAAAUAUCUUAGUUGAGCCUGCCUUCCUAAGAAUCUUUGUCAGUUUCACAACACAAAAGUUAGGAUUUUUGGAAGGGUGCAGGCCUUUUGUGGGGUUUGAUGGCUGUUUCUUGAAGGGUCCAUUUGGUGGUGUAUUGCUCAUAGUAGUUGCUUUGGAUGCAAAUAACAACAUAUUUCCUUUAGCCUUUGCUGUAGCUGAAUGUGAGAGCAAGGAUACUUGGAGGUGGUUCUUCUACUAUUUUUCUGAGUUUUUUGGACCAUUUGAUCACACCAAACCUUUAACAUUCAUGAGUGAUAGGCAAAAGGGAUUGAAUCUUGCAUAUGAGGAGAUGAUUCCUGAAGUAGUUGGAAGGCAUUGCUGCAGGCAUAUAUGUAGCAACUUUAAGAGUCAAUUUCCAGGUAUCUUACUUAGCAAUUUGUUUUGGAAGGCAGCGAAAAGUUAUGAUGCAAUAGGACAUAAUGAUGCAAUGGCUAGCAUUAAAGACAUUAACAUAAAUGCUUGGAAAUAUUUGGAUAAAAUUCCAAGAACUACCUGGUGUAGACAUGUAUUCUCAACUGAGUUGAAAUGUGACCAUGACACAAAUAAUUUUACUGAGUCUUUUAAUGCUUGGAUUGGUGAUCUAAGAGGAAAACCAAUACUGACUUUGGUUGAUGGUUUAAGAAGAAAGUUCAAUAAAAAAAUGCACAUAAGGUACCAGAAAUGCGGCACCUUGACUGGUCACAUUACUCCCAGAAUUGUUGAGAAACUAAAAGAAAUUGGCCAAGCAUCAAGAAAAUGUCAGAUGCAUAUGGCUAGUGAGGAUACAUUUGAGGUUGGUGAUAUGGACAGGACCUACAUAGUCAACUUGAGGCAAAGAAGCUGUGACUGUGGUGCUUUUCACAUUUCUGGAAUUCCAUGCAAGCAUGCAGCAUUAGGAGUUAUAUAUAGGAGAGAAAAACUAGAGAACUAUUGUGAAAUUUGGUUCACCAAAGACAUGUAUUUAAAAACAUACUCGCACAUGAUUCAUCCCAUUCCUAAUGUGAAGAGAUGGCCUCCUAUGCCUGAAGUGCUACCAACAACUGUCUUGCCACCACCUCUGAGAAAAGCUCCUGGUAGACCAAGAGUAAAUAGAAGAAGAGAGCCUGAUGAAACUGCUUGCACAGCAUAG